AUGCAGGUUGUCGACAAAACAUCUGCAAUACUCGAACAUAAGAGGGAGACUACUCGUUCGGCCACCGGUAACCACAUGGAGAUGUGCAAGUUCACAGGGCUAAGGGAUCCACGCUACGAGGCCGUCAAAGUCAUUCUAAGGGCCUAUUUCAAGUCCGAACGUGUUCAGAAGACAGAAGAAGUAUCCAACUGCAUCGAAAGUCUUGAGGUAGCAGAAAUGGACAACGAUCGGAUCGAAUCCCGGCUUUCCACUAUUGUAGAGCGACACGGCAAAACUCUGGACUGGCUGUUCCAGGAUCCCGUCUUCAGAUCUGAUGGAAGAGAACGGCGGCAUGGUUUUUUGCCUUGGAUCCAAGGAGAGGAAGGUAUUUUCUGGAUCCGUGGCAUACCAGCAUCCGGGAAGUCGACUGCUAUGAAGUAUAUCCACGACCGAAUGCAAGAUGUUCAUCGGCAGAACCAAUCAUGGAUGCAUGUUGCUCUCUUCUUCCACGAUCGCGGAACCAGCGAGCAAAAGACAAUGCUUGGUAUGCUUCGGGCUCUACUGAAGCAACUUAUCCUAGGUUGUCCACGCCUAGAGGAGUCAGAGACAGCAGAGCUGGUCCGACUAGUCGCGCCUUUCGGACGCGUCAGCUCCAGUGGCUACCAAACACCACUCACCAAACGCCGUGGCAUGGAAAAUUGGCUAUGGACUAUGGAAGGUCUGCAGAAGGCUAUUCGAGCUGUGGCCACGCAAAAUAACAUCAGAAGGAAUGUUUUCCUAAUGAUUGAUGCACUUGAUGAGCAUAGUGGCGACGAUGAGGGCAUGAUACGGUUCUUCCAAGACCUUGCGGCGCCGAACGAAACCCGCACUUUCAAAUUCCAAAUCCUCCUGGCAAGUCGGCCUGAUCCACCCUUCGACGACCUUCUUCGUACCUAUCCGCAUCUUAAUAUUCAGGAAUGGACGAAGGAGGACAUUAAAGCCUUCGUGACUAGUUCUUUCGAAUUAGAUACAACCUUCCAAGCUCGUUUGCAACAUUUCCAGGACCGCGAGGACGUUCCAAAACUAGAGGCCGCCGUGGUCCAUCGAGCUCGAGGCGUCUUUCUAUGGGUGCGGCUUGUCAUUGAGGACGUUCUAGAUCAAGUGAAGCGCCGCAGAACAGCAGAUGUUUCAACGUUACAAGGUUUCUCGCAAGCUUAG